AUGGAGAGGCCUGCAUCUCCCGAGGGCGCCCGGCCCCAAAGCCACUAUUCCGCCCUCGAAGCCGAGAAAAUGGACCGCCCAAGCUCCGUCGCUACCUCCGCGGACCACCCGGCGCUGCGGGAGCCCACCACCCAGUACCGCCUUUCCAUCUCCGGCGCCACUCCCCUCUCCCUUGAUGACGUGCAAGCCGUCGAUAUCCAGAUCCGGGAUCUCUCCGUCGUCGUUGACACUUCGCCUUCGUGGCUCGAACCGGCCACUUACCCCCAGCUCUUCAAGGAGCGCAGCUUCUUCGGUCCGAAGAAGCCUGGCGACAAAACGUUACUCCAUGAUGUUAGCGCAUCGUUGGCACCGGGGUCGUUGACUGCUAUUAUCGGGGGGAGCGGCUCUGGGAAGACGACGUUGUUGAAUACGCUGGCCGAAAGGAUGUCAAGUCCGAGGUUGACGGAGGCGGGAGAAGUGACGUUUAAUGGGGUGAAAGGCGUGCAUUCAGCGAGGCAUGCGUACGUGAUGCAACAAGACGUAUUACUACCGUCGCUCACUGUUAGGGAGACCUUAGGGUACUCUGCCGAUUUGAGGUUGCCCGCUUCCACGACUUCCGAUGAGCGGAGAAAGGUCGUCGAGGAGGUUAUACUGGAGCUUGGGUUGAAGGAAUGCGCCGACACGAGGGUCGGUAGCACGCAGCAUAAGGGAUGCUCUGGCGGAGAAAAGAGACGGACGAGCAUCGGCGUACAGUUACUAGCGAAUCCCUCCGUUCUCUUCCUCGACGAGCCGACGACGGGUCUCGACGCCACCAGCGCCUUCCAACUCGUCAAGACGCUGAAGAGCCUGGCGCAAAAGGGCCGCACCGUCAUCACCACCAUCCACCAGCCGCGAUCUGAAAUCUGGGACCUCUUCGAUAACCUCAUCAUCUUGACCAAGGGAAGUCCCGUUUACUCGGGCCCCAUGAAGGAAUGCGCUCCGUGGUUCGAGAGCCAGGGCUUUAAGCUUCCGCCGUUUGUUAACCCUGCCGAGUACUUCAUCGACGUUGCCGCGAUCGAUAACCGGACGCCCGAGCUUGAGGCGGAGACCGUAGAAAGGGUGUCUAGGCUCAAGGCUGCGUGGGUGGAAGAAAGUUGUACGCGGUACGGCCCGAAUACUGCUGCGUCAGAGACGGAAGAAAAUGCUGGGCACCAUAAACGAAAGAGUUCUAAGGCCAAGAGAAAGAAGAAACAACACGCCACAUUCUUCAGACAGCUAGCCGUCCUAACCGAUCGUACAUUCAAAGUCACCUAUCGCGACCCGCUGGGCAUGCUCGCCGCCACACUGGAAGCCGUCCUCAUGGGUAUAGUCACAGGCUACAUCUUCUACAACCUCGGCAGUGACCAAUCCGGCAUCCGCUCACGUCAAGGCGCCCUAUACACGGCCGCCGGCCUCCAGGGCUACCUGAUGCUCAUGUUCGAAGUGUACCGGCUCACUAUCGACAUCCUGACCUUUGACCGCGAGCACAGCGAGGGCUGUGCCGACGUCGUACCCUUCCUGCUGUCCCGCCGCUUCGCUAGGAUGUUCACCGAGGACUUGCCCGUACCGUUCCUAUUUAGCGUCAUUUUCUUCUUCAUGGCUGGGUUCGAGAGGGACGCUGAGAAGUUCUUCAUCUUUUUUGCCAGUAUGGCUUGUGGGAUGUUCAUCCAGAGCAAUACUAUUCCGGUGUACGUGCGAUGGCUCAAAUGGAUCACAUAUACGUUCUAUGUCUUCGGUGCGUACUGCGGCAACGAGUUCCAAGGAAACUUCUACGAUUGUCCGUUUCCCGGAGGAAGAGAGAACCCCCUCUGCGUGUCGUACACUGGCGAGUACGUUAUGGAGUUUCUCGGAUUCCCGGAAAACUGGGUAGCCCGACCGAUCCUCAUCCUAGUCGCAUUCAUCGUCGCCCUCCUCGCCCUGUCCGCCGUGCUCCUCUACUUCGUCAAGGUGGAGAUGACAAUUGCGCGUGCCCGAACCUCCGAUACCGACCUGUCCGCCGGCAAAGAAAAGAUGAAGGCGAGCUCCAUCGCCGAGGUCCGCACCAUCGACGUCGGCCUCGACAGCUUUGCCCUCGAGCUCGACAAGCGGACUACCUAUGGCAAGAAACUGCCACGCAAGACGAUCCUGAACCCCGUGACGGCUACGUUCCAGGCUGGGACGCUAAACGUCAUCAUGGGCCCCUCUGGCAGCGGGAAGACAUCUCUGCUAAACGCCAUGGCGCUGAGACUGCAUAACACUGCCGGCACGAGGUACCUCCCCAGCGGCAAGCUCACGUUCAACUCGGCCGUGCCGUCACGGGCCGUGAUCCGUUCCGUUUGCUCCUACGUCUGCCAGGAUGACGAUGCGCUCCUCCCGUCACUGACGGUCCGCGAAACUCUCCACUUCGCCGCCGGCCUACGUCUUCCUUCCUGGAUGAGUAAAGAGGAGAAGAAGCGACGCGCUGAGGACGUCCUGCUCAAAAUGGGUCUCAAGGACUGCGCAGACAACCUCGUAGGCAGCGAUCUGAUAAAGGGCAUCUCAGGCGGCGAGAAGCGCCGCGUCUCCAUCGCCGUACAGGUGCUCACGGAUCCUCGCAUCCUGCUCCUUGAUGAGCCGACUUCGGGCCUAGACGCCUUCACGGCGAACUCUAUCAUGGAGGUGCUACAAGGUCUCGCAGCCGAGGGGCGCACGCUGGUUUUGACGAUUCACCAGGCCAGGAGCGACUUGUUUACGCAUUUCGGGAACCUGUUGCUCUUGGCGAGGGGAGGCGAAUGCGUGUAUACGGGGAGGGCGGGGGAGAUGUUGGGGUAUUUUAGGGGGUUUGGGUAUGAGUGCCCGAAGCAUACGAAUCCGGCGGAUUUCGUGAUGGAUCUUAUUAGUGUGGAUUUGAGGGAGGAGGAGAGGGAGAGGGAGAGUAGGGAGAAGGUGAGGCGUUUGAUAGAGGCCUGGAAGAGGAAUAUUGAGGAGAGUGAGAGGGCUGUAGUGGAUGAGGAGGGUGGAAAGAAAUUACCAAAUAUUGAAGAGACAGAAGAAGUCGCAGAUGAAAAGAAGGAGGAGAAGGGAAUCAAGGCCGAAGGCGAUGAGCACAAUGACUCGGCCCAGCCUUUACAAGAUGGAACUGUCACGGACGGUGAUAUAUCUGAGAAGGCCGAACAAUCAGAGCCCAAGAAUCUCGCCGAGGAAGACGCCAUAACCCCCAUCGCCCAAACCGAUAGUCACGAAAACAACACCAACCAUCUCACAAGAACAGUCUCCUCGAUCCCCCGCCGCUCUCUCAACAAAGCCACUCUUGCAACACCCGCCGAACUUGGCGCCCUCGUAACCAAACGCGCCUCCUUCGCCACAGCCCUCCCCAUCCUUCUCCACCGCGCCACGAUCAACUUCCGACGCCAACCCCAACUCCUAAUGGCGCGCACAAUGCAAGUCAUCGCGCUCGGCGCCGUCUUCGCACUCUUCUUCGCGCCCCUCGACAACGACUUCUACUCGGUCCAAAAUCGCAUGGGCUUCGUCCAAGAAGUCGGCGCCUUCUACUUCGUCGGCAUGCUCCAAAACGUCGCAGUGUACCCCGCCGAGCGCGACGUCUUCUACCGCGAGGACGACGACGGCGUUUAUGGUGUUGACGCCUUCAUGGCACAGUAUACGAUCCUCGAGGUCCCCUUCGAAAUCCUCAGUUGUCUCGUCUUCGGGGUGCUCGCCGACCUCGCCGUCGGAUUGCCGCGCACAGCUGAGAUGUACUUCAUCGCGACGUUUUCGUGCUUCGGUAUCGUCUCGUGCGGCGAGAGUCUGGGUAUCAUGUUCAACACGCUGUUCUCCUCGCACACGGGCUUCGCCGUCACGCUUACGUCCGUCGUGCUCUCAAUCGCAAACGCUAUGGCCGGCGUCCUAUCUACCAAUAUGCCGGCUUUGCUUAAUGCGAUGAACUACCUUUCCCCCGUGCGUUACGCCACGAGGGCGCUUGCGCCGUUUUCGCUGAAGGGGGUGGAGUUUGUUUGUGAUGAGGCGCAUAUGCUGGGUGGGAAGUGUAUUAUCGAGACCGGGGAGGACGUGCUUGAGUUAUAUCGGUUGGAUGUCGAUCCGGUGGUGAAUGUGGUGGCGUUGGCGGCUUGUGUGGUUGUUUAUAGGGUUUUGGCGUGGGGCUUGUUGAGGGCUGUUAGGGGGCGGUGGAGGGGGAGGAAGGUGAAGGAGGAGAAGAGGAAGUAG